AUGCGAGCUAUGUUUGAUCCUGAAUUUUCACGAUUCCUUCUAAGAGUAGGAGAGGGAAGAGAGCCUGUUGAUGAUGAGGGCGAAAUAACUUUAUCAUCAGAUAUAGUUAUUCCUUAUUACGAUAAAGAGAAGUCCUUAAACAGGUUACUAGAAAGUGUCUUUCCAGAUUUGAACACCUAUUUGCAAGAUCAUUAUAACCUAAUAAAUAGGUGUAUCCUUGCGCCUAAAAAUAGCCCAGUUGAUGAGCUCAAUGAAAUAAUGAUUAGGAGAUUUCCUGGAAGCCUUCAAACUUAUAUUAGCUCCGACAAGACUGUUGAUCAGCGACACCAAGGUGAUUACGAGGACUUCCUCAAUUCUCAGAAUCCUAAAGGUCUUCAUCCUCAUAAGUUGCUGUUGAAGGAAAACUGUCCACUGAUGCUUCUAAGAAAUCUAAAUCUAGCUAAAGGCCUUUGCAAUGGCACAAGGUUAAUAUGUAGGGAACUUGGCCAGCACACAAUUUCUGUUGAGAUUGUUUUUGGCCAUCAUCGAGGAAAAAGAGUUUUCAUUCCAAGGAUACCUCUUCAGACGCCUAACAAUGACAAAAAUGGGAUUCCAUUCAUAAGAACACAAUUUCCUGUCCGCCUUUGCUUCGCUUUAACUAUCAAUAAAUCGCAAGGCCAAACUCUUGACUACGUCGGCAUCUAUCUACGGGAACCAGUUUUUUCUCAUGGCCAGCUGUAUGUUGCUCUGUCCAGAGCCAAGACCGCUGCCAAAGUUAAAGUUCUUCUUGUUCCUGGAACAUUUGAUGACACAAAAGUAGAUUGCAAAACUCGAAAUGUUGUCUUUGAUGAAAUUUUUAGAUUAGCUCAAGCCUAA